UAACCAGGAGUUGGCCGGGGCUGCAUAUUUCUCGGUGACCGUGCAAUUGUCCGCGGGGCCGUCGAUGCGGUAUUGUUUUCCAUGUCAACAAUAAAAUCAUGAGAGUCGUUGCUCUUGUUAGUGGGGGCAAAGACAGCUGCUAUAAUAUGAUGCAGUGUGUCAGUGCGGGACAUGAAAUUGUUGCCUUGGCAAAUCUUCAUCCUCCCCGCCAGUCUGAGGAUGAGAUGGACAGCUACAUGUACCAAACAGUGGGACACAGUAGCAUUCAUCUGUAUGCUGAAGCCAUGGAUCUGCCUCUGUAUCGAGCAUCAAUAAAGGGAGCAGCACAUGCCAGUGACAAGGAGUACAGUCCAACAGAGGGGGAUGAGGUGGAAGACCUCCACAGACUCCUUAGUAAAAUAAAAGAUGAUGUCAAUUUUGAGGCAGUCUCAGUUGGAGCUAUUCUGUCUGAUUAUCAGCGAGUUCGUGUAGAAAAUGUAUGCUCGCGGCUGGGCCUGACCUCGCUGGCCUACCUCUGGCGGCGGGACCAGGCAGAGCUGCUGCAGGAGAUGAUCAGCUGCCAGGUGCAUGCGGUGCUGGUCAAAGUAGCUGCGCUCGGCCUGCUACCUGACAAACACCUGGGCCAGAGUCUGCAGGAGAUCCGGCCGCACAUGGAGCUGAUGGCAGAACGAUAUGGACUGAACGUUUGUGGAGAGGGAGGGGAGUACGAAACGUUCACGUUAGAUUGUCCGCUGUUCAAAAAGAGGAUUAUUGUCGAUGACCAGAAAACUGUGGUGCACUCUGACGAUGCCUUCGCCCCUGUUGCCUAUCUCAACUUCACCCGCACACGUCUGGAAGAUAAAGAUAUGGGUGACCUGAGCCAAGCCCAGCGGAUCCAGGGUCUGCCCUUGCCGUCCGUCCGCCCGGCGCUGGUCGCGGAAACUCGGGCGGCCGCUCUUGCAAAUGGCAGCACCGAGUGUCCGCCAGACGACGCUACCAUAGCUCCGGAACCGUCCGUGGCCGAGUCGGAGGGCUGGUUCUGGAUCGGCCCGAUCGACGGCCGAGAGGGCGGAGGCCAGUCCGGCCUCGCAGUCGCACUGGACCAGCUCAGUGAGGUGCUCUCGGCGCACCAGCUGACCGUCCGUGACCUGGCGCUGGUCGGCAUGUACGUGGCCCGGCUGUCGCAGUACGCGGCCCUGAACGCCGAGUACGUGCGCCGCGUGGGCGAGAGCGGGCCGGCGCGCGUCUGCUUGCAGGCGCCGCUGCCGGCCGGCGUGACCGUGCGACUGGAGGCGGCGGCGCUGCGGCCGGCGGCCGCUCCCCGCCGCGCCCUCCACGUGCAGAGCGUGUCACACUGGGCGCCGGCCAAUAUCGGCCCCUACAGCCAGUCGGUGCAGUGCGGUGACGUGCUGCACGUGGCCGGCAUGAUCGGCCUGGACCCGGCCAGCAUGCGUCUGGUACGCGGUGGCGCCAACCAAGCGCGGCUGGCGCUCCGCCACGUGCGCCGGGUGAUCGAGGCGUCGGUAGCGGGCGCCGACGACGGCUGGGUGGCGCAGACCACCUGCUACGUAACGGAGCCGGCGCUGGCGCUGCCCGCCUCGCUGGGCUGCGUCGUGGUGGUGCCGGCCCUGCCGCGCGCCGCCAGCGUUGAGUGGCACGUGACGGCGCACGCCCGCAACGCCCAGUUCCAGACUCGGCAGUCGAGCCUCCAGCUGGACGGCACCACGCUCCAGGUGUCCGUGCGCUGGAGCGCCGCCCACCGGCUGGCAGCCACCACCGUGCUGUGCGCCUGCCCGGCCGGCGCGCCCUCGCCCGAUCAGCUGGGCGCCUGCCUGCGCGCCACACUGGGCUGUCUGCGCGCCAGGGCUGGCUCGGCCGCCGCCUGCCGCCUGCGCCUCUUCCACCGGUGCCUGGCCAUCACCGGUCUCGCACUGGACGCCGCGCGACCGAAGCGGGACUGA